AUGUCCUGGAACCGGCCUCAGCUGAGGAGCGGCACCGAUCUGCAGCUGCAGUCGGCCUUCAACGACGGACAAUGGGCCAACGUCAUCCGUCUUGCCGAAAAGCGUUUUCGGACCUUCAACGACCACUACUUUGAGGCUGUGAAAAUAUGUGCCGAGAGUCAUCUGGAGUCGCCUUUGGACAAGGCAUCACCUCUCAUUGCGGUUCAGAAGCUCGCCGAGGACCCGUCUGCCGUGAGAGAUGCCGACUCGCUCGAGUUGCUUGAGUGGGCGUCUGAGGGUUUCAUGGAGGGCCAAGAUUUUGCCGCGACCUUUGGACCCCUGAAGCUGCGCUAUGUCAAGGCGAACCCUAAGGAUAAGAAUGGUGGGACAAGAUGCCUUGAGUCCUGCCUGUUGCACUGGGACUUGGUUAGCGCACAACAAGUCAGUCUACCUCUCGUUGAAGAUGGACACACCGUUCUAGUACUUACGCACCUGCAGAUUGCCGCAGUUCUCGACAGGUCGUUCCCUCAAGAAAGAAGCUUCAUGUUUUGGAACAUUGCCAUCACACAUCUUCUCGCGACCAGCGACCAGUGCCCCGCCGGCAAGAAGCAGCUUUACGGCAUGCUAGCCUUGAAGCAGAUGCAGCGCGCUGCCCAGUUUGCGGAACAACGCGGCACAGAGAAGAACGGCGAAGUCUCCGAUCGAGCGAUCAAGACGGAAGAAGAAAUUCUUCUCUUUUAUCGCAUUCUCGAGGCUCACGGCUCCGAUGCAGAGUGGGAUGCGGCCCUCAAGGGUCCAUCGCUCAACCCCGUCUACCAGUUCAAGGCCGGCCGUAAGGAUCUCUUUCUGCAGACCAUUGAGGUACUUGAGCGAAAGGGGAAAUGGAACACGGUAUACGACCUUUGCAAAGAAUGCCUUUCGGCCACGGAUGAAAAGGGCCAGAUGAGCCUCCUCGCAUGCGACUGGGCUGUUUGGAAGAAGUUUCUUAAUGCCGCUGGCCGCACAGGAGAGGCUCAAGAGGCAUCGACCGAGCUUUCGGGGUUGAUCAAUCGGUUCUUGGCACAAGAGAACGUCCGCUCGAUUUACAAGCGCAACAUCCGACUGGCCAAGGUCGAGAUGACCUUCCAAUUCUCGCGACCCACGCAGUCAAAAUCGGAGGCCAAGUCUGACAAGUUUGAUGAGCUGUGUCGGUACAUCGACAUUGAGUGCGAGUCACCUGCUUGUUUCGACGACGUCAGGGGUUUUGUUGAGCGCCUCUCACCCCACGAGAUCAAGGAUCUUGCUUACCACUACGUCGUCCGGCUGGCAGAAGAGAUCAAUGAUACUGCCAAGUCAGCAUCUGUCAAGGCGUUAGCUUUCAAGCUGCAGUACCUUGGUCUGUCCUCGUCCAAAACCGUCAUCCGUGUCUCCAACGAGGACCCGAAGAAGCCAAAUGACUGGAAAUGUGUUGUAUGCGCAAGUGUCAACAAGUCACCCAUCUGCACGACCUGCUUGCAGAACUUGCUGGAGUCUAUAUUGACUCUUUACUCCACCCUCGUCAACUCUUCCGAAAUCAGCCCAUCCCUCGAUUGUAUACCGGAGCUUGCUAUUCUUGCAGCAACAUGCUGCAUUAGACUGAGCGGUGCACACCAACGCGGCGCCGAUAACCCAACCACGCCGACAUCGAGCGGCCAGACCGAUCGCCUUCUCCAGGCUGCACUUCUUAUCGAGGAUCAACUCACCAGAACUCCGAAGCAUACCAGACUGACAUUAGUUUUGGCGCGCAUCUAUCUCGUGCUGGGUUGUGCAUCCCGGGCUCGUGAGGUGUGGGACACGGCAGACGUAAAGCGCACCAUUAUAGAUUCGCUUGGCCCCUAUUUCUUCGAUCGAUUGUCCAGUAUUGCUCCUACCCUGGUUCUUCCGCCGAACAGACCCGAGAGAGGCCUAAUGCAGGGCCUCAAGGCACACUACAGCACGUCGCUCAAGCUGAGAAUGCCCAGAAGGCUAGCCGAUGCCUUUGAGGCCGAGAGCUACACUGCAAUUCUCGACAUUCCCAGUUACAUCGAGCGUCUGAGAUCGAGCUGCACACUAGUCAUGGGCUACGUCGAGGAAUCUCGAUCUGCUCGAGCGCUUGGCAUUCGUAACGACUCGAUCUUCGACGAGCCAGCGAUUGAGGAAAUCACUGACGACUCUGUGUUGAGCGAAGUCAUUGACUACGGAUCCGUUCCUAAUCUGGAAGCGUCGACGUCCCGGCCCAUCUAUGAUGUCCUGCGGCUUGGUCCUGACCCGUCGAACGUCCGUUCACACUUGGCUCUUGCAGCAGAGAGAUAUUUCGAGAUACUGUCUUUUAAGCCCGCAUCGUCGUACAAAGUAGUCAACGUUGCUCAGACGGCGGCGGCGGAGCAAGCCUUUGUCCUCGAUUCACUCCAGAGGCUCGGCAACUCCCUCAACAGAUUCCUGCACGCUCGAGGAAAAACUCUCACCCAGCACGAAGAGACGUAUUACGGCAUCAUCUCCCUACUUACCACUUUGAUUCCUCUCGCUGUCACCGCCAGCAGAAGCCCGUCACCCCCUCAGCUUCUGUCAAGCAUCGCCUCAGGCAUCAAUUGCGGCCUCGAAGUUCUUCGCGCACACUCUCUGUCGACGCCAGCCGAUGCGGAAAGAUCCAGGGAACUGCUUAUGCUAAGCUCGCUGCACGGUCUUUUCACUCUACGCGAUGCGGCCGCGGCCGUGAAGCUGGCUACAUCCCACAUUGUGGCGUUCAACGAGCGGGAGAAGGAGAGAGACCGUUCUGGACAGAGUAACGUGCCCAAAGAAGUCUUAACUCAGGUCAGAGCUUUGGAGGCCGCGGCGGGCGCCGCCAUGGCGGAAGGCAAGGCACGGGUUGCUCUUCUGAAGAAGGAAGGCGACGGCUUGAGCGCCAAGGUGAGCUCCUGGACUUUUGAGGCGGAUCCGGAAGACAAGUUGGCGAAACAGAUCCACGAUGUUGCCAGGCCGCAUGUUAGCGUUUGGUCACAGAGAGUGGCCGACAGCUGGCGGACGAAUAUCAAGGGCUGGGAGCUGGUGCGAUGGGAGUAG